AUGGCAAGGACUGCUCCACUGUCUCGCUGCGCUCGAUGCCAAGCCAUGUAUGUCUAUAAGAGAGAUGGUAGAAAAGAGCCUGUGCGUUUUGACAAGAUUACUGCUAGAGUUCAAAGGUUAUGUUACGGUUUAGAUUCGAAUCAUGUUGAGCCAGUUGCAAUUACUCAAAAAGUUAUUUCAGGUGUUUAUCAAGGGGUCACUACAAUUGAGCUAGAUAAUCUAGCUGCUGAGACUGCUGCUACCAUGACCACAAUACAUCCAGACUACGCCGUUUUAGCUGCAAGAAUUGCUGUAUCCAAUUUACACAAACAAACAACAAAACAAUAUUCACAAGUAUCAAGGAAGUUGUAUGAGUAUAUCAACCCGGAAACCGGUUUGCACUCACCAAUGAUUUCAAAAGAGACAUUGGAUAUUAUCAAUGAAAACGAGGACGAAUUAAACUCUGCUAUUGUUUAUGAUCGUGAUUUCAACUACAACUAUUUUGGUUUCAAGACUUUGGAGAGAUCGUAUUUGUUGCGUAUAAAUGGCAAAGUGGCCGAAAGACCACAACAUUUGAUAAUGAGAGUCGCCAUUGGUAUCCAUGGUAGAGACAUUCCCCGUGUUAUCGAGACCUAUAACUUGAUGUCCGAAAGAUAUUUCACUCAUGGUUCACCUUGUUUAUUCAAUGCAGGUACUCCAAAACCACAAAUGUCUUCUUGUUUCUUGAUUGCAAUGAAGGAGGAUUCUAUCGAAGGUAUUUACGACACGUUGAAGACGUGUGCUUUAAUUUCAAAAUCUGCUGGUGGUAUUGGUUUACAUAUACAUAAUAUCCGGGCAACAGGCGCGUACAUUGCUGGUACUAAUGGUACUUCAAAUGGUAUUAUUCCAAUGGUUCGUGUCUUUAACAACACUGCUAGAUACGUUGACCAAGGUGGUAACAAGAGACCCGGUGCUUUUGCUUUGUACCUUGAGCCAUGGCAUAGUGAUAUUUUCGAUUUUAUUGAAAUAAGAAAAAACCAUGGUAAGGAAGAAAUUAGAGCAAGAGAUUUGUUUCCAGCAUUGUGGAUUCCAGAUUUGUUUAUGAAGAGAGUCGAGCAGAAUGGUGACUGGACAUUAUUCUCGCCAAACGAAGCACCAGGCUUAUCCGAUGUUUAUGGUGACGAGUUUGAAGAAUUGUAUGAAAAAUACGUUCGCGAGGGCCGUGGUAGACAAACCAUUAAAGCCCAAAAAUUAUGGUACUCUAUCUUGGAGUGUCAAACAGAAACAGGUACUCCAUUUAUGUUAUACAAAGAUGCUUGUAAUGCCAAGUCGAAUCAAAAGAAUUUAGGUGUCAUAAAAUCUUCUAAUUUGUGUUGUGAAAUUGUUGAAUAUUCGGCGCCAGAUGAAGUUGCCGUUUGUAAUUUGGCUUCAAUUGCAUUACCAUCGUUUAUCGAAAAGGACGAAAAGAAUACUUGGUAUAAUUUUGAUAAAUUACACGAUGUCACCAAGGUGGUUACACGUAACUUGAACCGAGUUAUUGAUCGUAACUAUUACCCUGUUCCAGAAGCCAGAAAGUCGAAUAUGAGGCAUAGACCAAUUGCUCUUGGAGUGCAAGGUUUGGCCGAUGCUUUUAUGAUUUUGAGAAUUCCAUUUGAUUCACAAGAAGCACGGGAAUUGAAUAUUCAAAUUUUCGAAACUAUAUAUCAUGCCGCAGUUGAAGCUUCUGUUGACUUGGCUCAAGAGGAAGGUCCUUAUGAAACGUACCAAGGAUCGCCUGCAUCUCAAGGAAUAUUGCAAUUUGAUUUUUGGAAUAGAAAGCCAACAGAGUUGUGGGACUGGGAUGCAUUAAAGGCAAAGGUUGCCAAGCAUGGUAUGAGGAAUUCUUUACUAGUUGCACCAAUGCCUACUGCAUCAACAUCACAGAUCUUGGGUAAUAAUGAGUGUUUUGAGCCCUAUACAUCCAAUAUUUACUCUAGAAGAGUGUUGGCGGGUGAAUUCCAAAUUGUUAAUCCAUACUUGUUGAGAGAUUUGGUUGAUUUGGGAAUAUGGAACGAUGCCAUGAAGAGUAGUAUUAUUGCCAAUAACGGGUCGGUACAAGGGUUGCCAAAUAUUCCAGACGAAAUCAAGGCACUAUACAAAACAGUUUGGGAAAUAUCCCAAAAGCACAUAAUAGAUAUGGCUGCAGAUAGGUCUGCAUACAUUGACCAAUCGCAAUCAUUAAAUAUUCACAUUAGAGAGCCAACCAUGGGUAAAUUGACCAGUAUGCACUUUUAUGGAUGGAAAAAGGGAUUAAAGACGGGGAUGUACUAUUUAAGAACACAAGCUGCCUCUGCCGCAAUUCAAUUUACAAUCGAUAAGAGAGUGGCAGAAAGUGCAGGUAAUAUUGCAGCUGAUUUGAGCAAAUUGAAUAGAAGAAAGUAUUUGAAUAAAAGGAGGACUAUCACGGGAGAAUCAGACAAUUCAUUUGAUAAUAGUCCAUCAACCGAACCUACGUCACUAGAGACUUCUAUGGCUGAUUUGCAAAUCAACAAUAAAAACGAGGAACCAGAAGAGGAAAAGAGGGAACAAGAAGAGGAAAAGAGGGAACAAGAAGAGGAAAAGAGGGAACAAGAUGAAGACAAAUCAAUAGAAGAGAUUGAAAGUGAUAUCUAUAGUGCUAAAGUGAUUGCUUGUGCUAUUGAUAAUCCAGAAUCAUGUACAAUGUGUUCUGCUAGAAGCAGUAAAAUAGGUCUAGAUUUUGACACAAGUAGUACUGAUGAUAACAAAUCAGCUACUACUACUUGUUCUUCUUCUUCUACUACUACUAAUACUUCCACAGCACUAGAUUCGUAUGUCUACAACACCGAUACUACUAGUAGUAUACCAUUAACCGAUUUCAAAAGUUCUUUUGUUGCUGUGUCCAAUACAAAGAUGUCAAGUGCCCAACUAAUCGCGGGACAAGAUUACGAAUCCGACUCAGACAACGAAGGUAUUCUUGGUGAUAACCAGCAACACCAUACUUUUUCCCCAUCAUAUCCUUCUACUGGCUUGAGUAAAUUUGCAGCCAAAAUCAGACAUUUUUGUCACAAAGUAUGGCAAGGUCCGCUAGAGCCAAAGGAUGAGUUUGCUCCUAUUUUCAAGAGAUUGCUGUAUUUUGAAGAUUUGCCAGUCAAAUUCAGAGAUCGAAUAAAACUUAAACACAGGAGACUCAUUUUGAUUGCAUAUCUAUUAUUUUGGUUUGGUCUCUGCUAUUCAAUAUUGAUACCCUAUUUAAGAGUACCUCCACACUCGUCGGAAAAUCCACAAACUCACGUCUACUCGUUAUCAUGCACAACUCUGACUGAUUUUUGGCAAGGUAAAAAUGCAGCUUGCGGAAUGAAUGGGGAUCUAUGUCCUGAAAUUGAAAACGAGUUGACCAAUGAGGAUCAAGAUGUGAUUAUACGAUGCCCGGCAUUGUGUGAUCGCGGUAGUUGGACUUAUUCCUUAGUUCCAAUCGGCAAUCAGAGAAUCAAAUAUAGAGGUUAUUUUGUUGGUGGAGGGAAUAAGGUGGUGCAUAAAAUUGAUUCCAAUCAAUUAACAAACCCUUAUAGAGCAGACUCUUAUCCCUGCGGUGCCGCAGUACAUGCGGGUCUUGUAUCACCAUUAUGGGGCGGUUGUGCAAGACUAUCCUACAAAAGUAAAGACCAGCCCUAUUUUAAUUCCGCCAAAGGUCAUUUUGGGGUAAAGCCAUCAAUCGCAUUUGAUUCUUUUUUCAAAUCUUCCUUUUUCUUCAAAUCAUUGAGAUCUAAUGGCGAAUAUUUUACAAAAUGCACCGACCCUAGGGUUUUUGUCUUACUUGUCAAUAUCAUAUUAGGACUUCCAAUCAUAUAUCUAGCAAGUGGUGCAGUAGCAUAUUGGACAAUGACCAUUGUUGGUUUUUGGACAAUUUGUUUGGCAACAGAUCCCCCCUUGAGAGUUGAUGCAGCAAAUCCUCAGGAUUUUGCUAAUUUGAUCUCCAUUGGUUUAGAAAGAUUUUUACCAACUUGUUCAAUAUUAUACAUCUUGUGGCACUUUUCGACAAAGAGAACUCUACUGGAGCCAACGCUGCCAAACGAGAAGGUUUCUUACAUAAGUCGGGUCAUCUUGUUCUAUCCCUUUUUUUGGCUAGGGGUAUUGAAUAAUGUUACAUUUGAUAGAUUACCUGUGGAUAGACUAACCAAGGCUGAUUUGAAAGAGCUACCUGAUGCCAUAUUAGCGGUUUCUCUAAUAGUUGCAAUCGUAUGCUUUUGUGCUGUGAUCCAAGCAUACAAGAUCUGGCUUUCUGGUCGGUUUAAAAAAUAUCUACUUGUUUACUCCUUGUUUAUUAUCGGGUUAAUGUGUAUAGCCUUAUUACCGGGACUUACACUAAGGGUACACCAUUACAUAUUAGCCAUGCUAUUGAUUCCUGGUUGUGCCACACGAGGAAGAACAGCAUUAAUGUUUCAAGGUGUUUUACUAGGUUUGUUUCUUUCUGGUGCUUCCAGGUGGGGACUAGCUGCAAUUGCCGAGACCGUAGCUUCUUUGAAAAGAGAUGAUCCACUUGGCACUUUGGUACCGCCAAUAAUCACAGAGUACAACAGAGCUUCGGGUAUGUUAAGUUGGCAGAAGGUACCUUUUAACGGUGGUGAUACCAACAACAACAACAUCUAUACCAAAUACUCUGCCGUCUCAUUGCUCAUCAAUGACAUUGAAGAAUACGUACUGAAUGAUUUGCAAUCAGCAAUCAACUUGAAGGGCUUGCUAACAAACACAUCUACACCACUUUAUAGGUGGGUUGAAAAUAGCUUGAAAAAUGGGUUAAAAGACUCAAGUGAUAAUAUCUUGAUAUAUCUUCGCAUUGGUCUCAAGAUUCCCAAUACAAGAGUAUACAGUGAUUAUUCAAAUGCAGCAGUAUUAAAAUGGCCUAUUGGGGAGCUAACCUUGCCGUCUCCAGAAAAUGAAAUCAAUUUUGAAAAUUAUGGAUUACACUUUGUUGAUGAAGGCAAGUAUUUUAAUGCAAUGCUUUAUUCAACAAGAACACUACCCUUUGUUGUAAACAAUGUCCAACUACACUCAACAUCCAUUCUAUCACUACUAAGUUUUCGAACUGCAACAACUAAAUUUUCUUCCUCGUCUUCCUCGUCUUCCUCGUCUUCUUCUUCUUCACUGAAUCACACACAAGACAUACCAAAAGCAAACGUACGAUGGUUUUAUGCCUCCGAUGUUCCCAUAUCCAAACCAGAAUGGUUCCAUUAUGAAAAAACCAAAGAGCCUGAGUCAUUCAUCCCUUUUUCAGAGUAUGACUCGAAAAUACUUGAAGGCGGGUUUUUGAGACAAGUAUCUCAUCCAGUAGAGGUAAAUGAAGAUAAAUUGUUUCAAGUGGAUGUUGCGAAAUUGCAGUUGGAGCCUGUUUAUUGGGAUGGGCCAGUGUAUGAGGUAAGGAGGGGUAUCUGGUUUAAUAGUGACGGUGCACCUUUACCGAAUGAAAUUGCAAAAGAGAUUGAAACUGGUUACAAGUUGGUUAAGCCGUAUUUGUUUGAAGCCAAAGCGAACGAGAAGAAACCAAAGUUGAAUAAAGAUAGAAUCUCCAAGUUCAAUGAUAUGCAGAAAAAGAAGCAGGAAAAAGCGGAACUAAAGGAGGAGCGGAAGGCGGAAGAGACUAGAGCAAUUGAACAAAAGGACGUUUACAAGUUAAGCAAUGGUCAACACGUAUUGUACUUUAACAAAAACCAGGCUGUUUUAUUCCCCGAAAACUAUGAUUCUGACUUCCAAAUGGAUGUGAUUAGAUCAUUUGGCCCCAAUCCCGUGUCAUUACUUGGCGUUGACCAUAUACAGCGUGGAUACACAGAAGAAUUUAAAAAGACACUUUUUGCUAAAAUUCAGGAGAAUCCACUUCCAAGCAUUGCCGAUAGCUUCCAAAAGGAAUUUGGAUUUGUUUUCGGGUCUAAAGCUGGUGAUAAUGUGAAAGGGAAUGAAGUAGUAGUAGAAACGGUUGAUAGCGAAACUGAAAACCAAAUUGAUGACAAGCACAUGCAACAUUACCUUGAGGAAGACUAUGAUCUGGACACUUCGAAAACAAAAUCAAAUAGAACAGUUGACCAUUUGAUAUUAUGCAUACAUGGAAUCGGUCAAGUUUUGGGCAGUACGUACGAGUCAGUUAAUUUUACUCACAAUGUUAACGUUCUCCGAAGUAAAAUGAGAAAAGUAUUUGAAGAAAACGAAGAGUAUCAUAAAUUAGCCUAUACUAAAGGUCAAGAGGAUAAACUGAACAACAGGAUUCAAGUCUUGCCCAUUUCAUGGAGACAUCGUGUUGAUUUCUCACCAAGAAAAACAAAAAAAGAAAACGAAAAUUCACAAUUGCCUACAUUAUCACAAAUCAACGUUGAUGGAAUAAAAGCACUACGAAACGUUGUUGGCGACGUUGUGCUCGAUGUAUUGCUAUACUAUCAACCGAAAUAUCUCCAGCAAAUAUUCACAGCAGUAAUAUCUGAGCUCAAUCGAGUAUGUAAACUAUACAAGCAAAGAAAUCCAAAUUUCAAGGGUAAAAUUCACAUAUUUGGCCACUCGUUAGGAUCCGCUAUUGCAUUCGACAUUCUAUCCCAACAAUCAGGAACCUUGAAUGGUCCUCCGCUUGAACUUGACAAAGAUAUCGAUUUCGACGUUGAAAACUUGUUUCUUGUGGGCUCUCCUGUGGGAAUGUUCAAACUUUUAGAAGGAAAGAAUAUUAGAGCAAGAUGUUCACCCUCGAGUAAGUCUGAAAAACAUUCCGAAACCAUUGUUUCCCCCAAAUGUCGAAACUUGUACAACUUAUUUCAUCCCUGUGAUCCAGUAGCAUACAGAAUAGAACCAUUAGUCUUUCCAAGAUUUGGAGAUUUCAAAGCCGUGCCGGUGAAUUUCGCAGUCAAGGGACUUGAUAGCCAAAUACAAGGGUUAGCAAGUAUAGGUGAUGAAAUAUCAGAAAAAAUACUUUCUGCAGCAAGGUGGUUAAAGCUUACUAAAAACACGGAAAAAGAGGAGGGCGAUGCCAAACUAGAAGGGAAAAGUGCUGAGGAACGAGCUGCUCAGGAAAAUGCUUUGGGUGAUUUAAUUACAAGCAUUGCAUUUUCGGAUGCUAAAGAAGUUGAAAAAGCUACAAAAAUGUCAACUGAUUUAAAAUUCACCAAAGAUGAGUUGACUGAACUUGCUGCAUUGAACGAAUCAGGAAGAAUUGAUUAUAGUUUACCCAUGGGUGUGCUUGAUUUUUCCCUUGUUUCUGCCGUGAGUGCUCACAUUUCGUAUUUUGAAGAUGAGAACACAGCUGGCUUUAUAUUGAAACAAGUUUUAUCCAAAACUCAACCGCGUUAA